UGCCUUUGCGCUCUCUCUCUCCCCCUGCUUGGAUUAAGGCAAACCGGCAAUGGCUCGUUGGAGUCCUGUACUACUUCUACUUAGUUUUCUCGUGAUAUUACAAAAAUCUAUCUCUUCAACUCCAAAUCAUGUACAGCAACUACCAGGCUUCAAAGGGCAGCUUCCCUUCCAAAUGGAAACUGGUCUUGCGCAGGUAUUUGACGGUGGAUGAAGUUAAUGGCGUGGAGUUGUUCUACUACUUCAUUGAGUCGGAGAGAAACGCCAGCGAGGACCCACUCCUCCUCUGGCUUAGUGGAGGCCCCGGUUGUUCAAGCUUCUCGGCUCUCUUCUUCGAAAUUGGUCCUGUUAAAUUUCAAAUAGAUGCUUAUGAUGGGAGUGUGCCAACUCUUCUUUAUAAUCCUUACUCUUGGACCAAGGUAUCUAGCAUUAUCUUUCUGGAUUACCCGGCUGGGACUGGAUUCUCAGUCCCAACUGUAUCUCAAACCUAUAUGACAGGGGAUUCUUCUUCUUCUAAUCAAGUUUAUGGGUUUCUAAAAAAGUGGUUAGUAGAGCACCCUCGUUUUCGCACAAACGGCUUUUAUGUUGCUGGAGAUUCUUAUGGCGGCAUGUUAGUCCCCGUCGUUGCUCAAUUUAUUGCAGAUGGAAAUGAUGUGAAAGAACAACCCUUCAUUAAUCUUCAGGGUUAUAUUAUUGGAAAUCCAAGAACGGGUGAAAGGAUUGAUACUAAAGCCCGAGUUCCAUUUGCCCUUGGAAUGGGCAUCAUCUCUGAUGAAUUUGCAGAGCUCGUUGAAAAGGAUUGUGCUGGACAAGAUUAUGAAAAUCCAAAAACUGCAGAGUGCGCUGCUCGCCUCGAUACCUUUAAAAAAUACCGUUGGGAGCUGUCGGAGACAGACGUAUUGGAGCCCAAAUGUGCGACGGACUUCCCAAGGCCUAAAGACAUCGCCAGAGAGUACUAUAAGAGAUCACUGAAUGAGGACAGCUUUGGCCGGCUCUUCCGUCCACCGAAGGCUCCCGAACUCCGCUGCAAAGGCUAUGCUUAUUACCUUGGUUAUUUCUGGGCAAACGAAAAUGUCACCAGAGAGGCCCUUCAAAUCAGGAAGGGAACAGUGAGUGAAUGGCAGAGGUGCAACAACUUCGAUUACCUGAAAGACAUCCCAAGCAGUUUACCUUAUCAGCUGAAUCUAUUAAAAAGAGGUUACAGAGCUCUUGUUUACAGCGGUGACCAUGACAUGUUGAUCCCAUUUGUGGGCACCAAGCUAUGGAUUAAAUCCUUAAAUUUAACGGUUGUGGAUCCAUGGAGAUCAUGGAGUGUUGAUGACCAAGUUGCAGGGUAUACAGUUCUGUAUUCAAACGAUUUAACUUUUGCGACAGUGAGGGCGGCCGGACACACUGCGCCAGAGUUCAAGCCUCAGCAAUGUUUCGCCAUGUUCGAUAGGUUUACAAUGGAUUUUCUACAUAUAAUUUGCCGGAAACCUCGGUACAAUGAAUAAGAAUGACCAUUCCGAUGGAUGAAAUCUGCUGGUAAAUCUGGAGGAUUAGCCGGAGGACUGUCCACCGAUAAUUUUGACAGCUUUUCUAAUGUCAAAUCCACUAGAAAUUUCAGUGGAUUAUUUUUUGGCAAAUUUCGCUGGGCUUUCCAGUGAAAAUGAUUGGAGAAUACACUGUCGAUACUUCUGGUGGAUUUAUUCCGCCGAAAAUUUUGGUAUCUAAAACUGUCGGAAAACGAAUUCAAAAAACGUUGUUUCUAUGACACAUUUCUGCCAGAAGUCCGUCGGUAAAUCCACAAGUUUUUCGUUGGAAAGUUAUUUCUAAUGCACGUUUUAAUGCCGAACAAUUUCACGUCAGAAAUUCGUUGGAAAGAUAUUUUUCCUGCGGAUUUGUCUCAUUUUCGACGUAUUUUGGCAGACGAAAAUGAGUGUUUUUUCCAAUAGUAAUGUAAUUCAUAUAUAUCUUGCACAACAUCUGGGGCAUCCUGAGCUUUUUGCUGAGUCAGACUGUAGACAUGUGCCUAUAGACAGUCUUCAUGCUAUAUAACAUGCCACAGAAUCAGAAUCACUAUCUCUGCCAGAUUAUCCUCAAAAAAAGUGCAAGCUAGAACUAACCACACGGAGACAAAUAUGAUAAACAGCAGGAUUAAGUCUUAUUAGAAUUCUAGAGAUGGUGGCAAUUACUAGUGGUGAUCAUUGACAGUUAUGGUGGUUGUUGGGGGGCAAUAGUCUAGAAAUUCAUGAGAGCUCUAUAACUCUCAUUUCCUCUCUCUCAUAUGGAGAAUAGCUUUAGUUAUAGAUUUUUUGGGAUAUGUACUUUCAUAAUUUUAAGCAGAAACUCCUUUGUAUGGUCCA